UCAUAUUGCUCACAAUUAUUUGUUGUAAAUAUAUAUGUAUUCACUUUUAACGAUGCGUUGGGAACUUAAGUAUGUCGUGUUCUUAAUAUUCGCCCUUGCAGUAGAGGUGAAGGGUUCGAUAAAAGUAUGCAAAAAAUACAGCGAUUUUUACAUUUCCGGGAGUAAAGAUUGCUGGAGGAAUAACUACGAUGUUCUGGAUGUGUCAGGAAUAGCUAGAACGUGGGGAUUUAAGACGGAAAAUUACUCCCUAAUCUUGGACGAUGGUUAUAUUAUUACGGUAUUUAGAGUUUACAACGAAAUUACGCAAAACACGCCAAUAGUGUUGGGACAUGGGUCAUUAACCAAUCCACUCAGUUGGGUGUUCGCCGGAAACAACUCUCUACCAUAUGUCUUGGGGAACAGGGGAUACGACGUGUGGAUGGUUAGCUUUCGAGGUACUGCUUAUAGUAAAGGACACGUGUCUCUUUCACCAACAGAUCACAAGUAUUGGCAGUUCACCUUCCACCAAAUGGGAAUAUACGACGUAAAGUCAACCUUGGACCUGGUCCACAACACUACAAAUAAAAAGGCUAUUUAUAUAGGAUACUCAAUGGGGACUACCAACAGCUACGUCUAUUGCUCUAUGCUUCCGGACCAUUGCAAGCAAAGGCUCUUGGGGGUGAUUUCUUACGCACCCGUCGGUUAUUUACUUGAUGCCAAAGGCGUCUUGCCCAUUUUGUGGCAGCCUUUUAUUUGGCCCAUAGUGAAGACUGUUACGUAUACAUUUUUCAACGGCGAAUUUUUCAAACCGAUACCGCCACUGAAGAUCCUCUACAAAGUGCUGUCUCUCACACCUUUGGGAAAUUAUGCAGGCGUUUUUGCACUCAGUUUUCUAUUUGGGUUUCACAUAUCUACCAUCGACCCGAGCUACACUCCAGUAGCUUUGAACAGAUUCCAGGAUACCGUUGGUAUUGAGGUGUAUACGCAUUACUCUCAAUGUUUCAACAAUAAGAGUUUCAAUCAGUUUAAUUACGGAAAGAAAAAAAAUAUGCAACUGUAUUCGCAAGAAUACCCGCCAGCGUACCCACUCGAAAAAAUUCCCGUUCCCAUCACGAUGUUCGUUGGCAAGUCCGAUUUUUUGGGAACUAUAUCGGCUUCCUCAAGCAUGUACUCUUUGUUAGAUUCUAAAUCACAGUGCGCGUACCAUAUAAUGGAAGAUCACAGAUGGUGUCAUUACGAUUUCGUAAUUGCCAAACAUUUACCGGAUUUGCACAAACCUACGUUUGAAAAAAUCCAACAGAUGGGAAACGGUACAUGUGGUUAAGACCUUUGGAAUAGAUGGAUGUCAAUAAAAACCUUGUGUGGUCUUUUGCCUUUUAAA